AUGCGUUGGCGUAAUAUGUUCUCAAAUUUACUAAUUGUAUUAAUAUUACCAAUAAUAUUUAUUACUCAAACAUAUGGAUUGUCCUAUCGUUGUGAAAAUGAUCAAAUUCUUAUUGUUCAAUCUUUUGGCAAUGAUACCAUUCGUAUGCAUUGUCAAAAACUUCAAUUAUGUGGAUAUUCCGACUUGAAAUGUACUUAUGAUAGAGAACAAUCAGCUUGUGGAGGUAAAACAAAUUUUGUUGCUUAUGUUAAUCAAUUAACACCUACCGGAAAAGUUUUACAUACAUGCUGUGAUAUGACCUUCAAAGAUAAUAAAAACAAGCAUAUAAUAGAACAUGAUGGUAAUGAUUGUUUUGUAUAUGAAUUACCAGAUGGUACCUCUGAUAUAACACCAGGUUCAGAAGCAUCAGAUAUUAUUAAAAAAAAUAUUGAAGUUGUUAAAAAUGGAUUUACUGUACUUAAAGAUGCAAGUCAAAUACCAGAAGAUUUUGGAGGAUAUACAGGAUAUAGAUUAAGAUUAUUUAUGCUUCGUAACAAAUCACCACCACUUCUUAUUGUUAAAGCAAUUGAAAGGACUAGUGGGGGUUAUCGAGUAACAAUUUGUCGUCCAAGAUGUGGUAAAUUUAAUAGAGAAGGUCUUAUAUCACAUGGUGAAUCAAUAUCAACAUUUGAUAAAGAUAUAACUAUACCAAAAAAUCAUAUAAAAAAUAAUGGUGAAAAUAAUUUUGAAAAAUAUAAAGAAGAAGAGAGUCAUUCUACAAGAAAUGAAAAUCAUAGUAGACAAGGAUCAUCAUAUGAAGAGAGUGGAACAAAAUCAAGUGAAUAUGAGAGUAAAAUUUCAUCAAAAAUUGAUACAUCAAAAUCUAGUUCAGAAAGUAUCAUAUCAACAAAAUUAUCAAAAGAAAAAGAAGAUGCCAAAAAUAGUGGUAGUUAUUCAGAAGGAUCAUCAAAAACUGAACCAAAAUCAGGUCAUAUUACAUCUGUUGGAAAGAAUGGUGAAUGGACAGCAGCAAGUUGGACAUCAUGGACAUCAAAUACAUGGACUACUUGGAGUACUCAAACAUGGAAUUCAUGGAAGGAACAUGAAAAAGAAUUACAGAAAAAUUUAAAUACCAGAGUUAGAGGUCAAGUAAGAGGUGAUCGUGUUACAACAUCAGAAUUAGAUAAAAAAAUUAUUGAAGAAGUAAGAAAAGAUAUCAAAAAUAAAGGUGUUGACAUUAAUGAUUACGAUAACCUAAAUUCCCAUGAAACACAUGAAAUGGAAAGUCGAGAGAAAGGUUUUAUUGAUAAUAGAAAAGUUGUUAUUAUUAACCAUAAUAAUACUACAUACAACAAUUAUAUUCAUAAUGGAGAAAAAAGUACUACUAAAGAAAAACAAGAUACUCCUGUACAAAUUAAUAAUAGUAAUACUUUUGGAAAUGUUGGUUCAUCAAGUAAUAAUAAUGCAAAAAAUAAAUUACCAAAUGAUAUUUCACAAGUAAAUAAUAUUAAUAAUUCAAAGAAAUCAGAUGAAACAGAUAAAGAUAUAACUAAAGAAUCUGAGGAAGAUAAAAAUAGUACAUCUAAUUUAACAAAAAAUAAGAUUGAUCGUACAUCUUCUAAUAAACAUUGGAAAAACAAAGACAAAAACGAUGAUGAUGAUGAUGACAAUAAUCCAUUAAGAAAUAAUAAUAGUAAAAUUGAUAAUGAAGAAUCAGACAGUAAAAAUAGGUCUCCUAAUAAGAAACCUAACAAAAGUGGGUCAAAUAAAAAAGAUGAAAAUGGAGAUAAUAGUAAUAAUUUAAGUGCAGAAAAAAGUAAUGGUGAUAAUGGAAGUGGCAUUAGUAAUGAAGAAAAUGAUGGUGGUGAUUAUAAGAAAAAUCAUAAUAAACCAAAAAAUAAUAAAAAUAAAGAUAAUAAGGAUGAUGGUAAAAAGAAAAACAAUAGUAAUGAAAAAGAUUUAACUGAUGACAACGAUAACGAUAAUGAUAAUGAUAAUAAUAAAACUAAUAGUAAUAAUAAGAAAGAAAAUGGUAAAAAUAAAAAUAAUGGUACUGGAAAUAAAACUGACGAUAAUAAAAAAGAUAAAACAAAUUCAAACAAAAAUAAAAAUACUGUUGAUGGUCCAAAAUAUCCUGAAUCUGAAGGUGAUGAAACACCAACAGAUGAUAAAGAUGGAAAAAAACAAAUUUCUACAAAAUUACCAAAAGAUGAAAAUUUAAAAUCAACAAAAUCAAUUGAUGGAGAUAAGAAAACUUCUUCUUCUACUGAGAAUAAAAAAUCUUUAGAAAAUGAUUCAGGUGAAAAAUCUGAUAAAAAUGAAUCAAGUAAAAAACCAAAUAAUAAAAGUUUAACAAAAAGUAUGGAAAAAGAUGGUUUGGAAAAUAGUGGUGAAAAUGAUAAAAAAGAUGAUUUAGAUAAAACUGAUAAAUCUUUGAACAAUUCUAGUAAAACAACAGAUGAAAAAGAUAACAACAAAACAUCAACUCCUAUUUCCAAUUUAUCUGGUGGAUUUAUUAAUAAAUCUCCCGAUAGUAAAGAAGACAGUAAAGAAGAAUUCCAAUUACCAGAAAAUGAAGGAGAUAACAAUAAAAACAGUGGUGAAAAUACUGAAAGUAAAGAAGUUGAGGAAGAAUCUAGUGAAGUUGAUGGAAAUAACUUGACUAAUACCACAUCUGUUAUUGAUAUUGAUAAUGGUAAUGAAAGUAUAAAAAAUGAAAAAGAUAUUUUUGGUAAUAAAAAUGAAAAUGGUCCAGAUAAUAAUAAACGAACAGAUCCUUUAAGUGGUUCAGGAAUCUUAAUAAAUGAAGGAGAUAAUAUUGGUACACCUACAAAAACAACUGACCAAAACAGAAAUAAUACUGAUAUUAUAUACGGUGAAGUAACAAAUGCACCAGGUCAGCCUGGAGGCGGUAAUGGACCAGAUUUAACUGAUGGGGACAAUAAUACACCAGAUUUAUCUGAAGGUGGUAAUACACCAUUUAAUUUAAGAGGUUCUGGUGAAAAUAAUAAUAAAUUAAGAGCUCGCCCAGAUGAUAAUGGAAGUGUAGGCGGUGGUCAUGGUAAUUCUAAUACUCCAAAAAGUGCUAAAAAAGGAAAUAAUAAUCAUAAAGGAAGUGAUGAAAAUGAUAGUGGUGAAAAUGAUGGAUCUUCAAGAAAAGUUAGUGAACCACAUAAAUUACAUUCAAAUAUAUUUAGACAAGGUCCCAAAGCAUCUGGUACGCCUACACAAAAAGCUGCUGGAACACCAAAUACAGGAGGAAGUAAUUCUGAUCCACCAGGUGCAUUUAAUGCUAUAGCUAAACGUAACUGUUUUGCAGCAGAUACUAUAAUUAAAACACCAGGUGGUUCUAAACGUAUGGAUGAAUUACAAGUUGGUGAUUUAGUAUUAGUACCAUCACCAGAAGGAAUUCAAAAAUAUGAGAAAGUUGAAAUGUUUUAUCAUAGAAAACCAGACUAUGAACAAAAAUUCUUAAUUAUUCAAACAGAAUCAGGAAAGAAACUUUCAUUAACAGAACUUCAUUUAAUACCAUUUGGUAAAUGUAACGAAGCUAUUAAUGCUAUUCAUGAUAAUGAGAAAUUACAACAAUGGAUGCUUGGUUCAAAAUAUGCAUAUAAAGUUAAAGAAGGAGAAUGUGUAGUAUCAUAUGAUAAUAAUAAUAAUCCUAUUGCAGAUAAAAUUAUAAAAGUUGGAAGAAAAGUUUCAAAAGGAAUAUAUUCUCCAAUAACAACAGAAGGAGCCAUUGUAACUGAUGGAAUAUUUACAUCAUGUUUCUCACAAAUAGAAAGUCAAGCUACACAGAAAUUAGCAUAUGAUAUUAUUACAAUGUUCUAUAGAGCAUUUGGGUAUCUUACAGAAAAUACGCAACAAUUAAUUCAAGAAAUUCCAUCAUCAGUAGAUAUGCUUCAUCAACUUAGUUGGUAUAUUAUUCCAUUUGCAAAAUAUUAA